GGAUGACUUGCGUUCGAGCAUGCGAAUGGACGGACCAGCCCUGCGGGCUAUUUGUAGAAAUGAACAAAGUCCUCGUCGCAGAUCACCUGUUGCAUUGGCACGGUGUCGAAUCCAAAGGCACGACUCUCUGCAAAUUCGAGGGUUGCUCGAAACCAAAGGCAAUGCUCAAUUUGGGCCGUCACAUCGAGGGCAUCCACUACACUACGUCCUACGAAUGCCCCUAUUGCGGCAAGCGGUGGUCCAGGUCCGAUUCUUUGGAUCGGCAUCAAGUGACAUGCAGACCGCUCCUUGAUAGCAGGGCCCGUGCUAAGAAGGGACGUCGCGAGUUUAGUCUUCAAGACCCGAAGAAACUGGUCUAUGGAUAUAUUGUUCCUGCCCGUAAUGCGACAUAGUCCAGCAUACAACUUAAUUUCUCCGGUUCUUCACGAACUUUUGCUUUCUCUGUGAUCACAACACUCGUUUCUUCCGCUCGUAUAUGUAUAUUUGGCCAAAUCACUUCAUAUCAUCGACACUCCUUUUGCAUCGAAUGUUCCCUCUUUAGUGUGUUUCCUCUCCUCGUUAUCGCUUGGCGUAUGCUCUAUAUGUUUAUUGCAUAACUCUUAUCGCACGCUGGACGCAGCUAUUGUAUCUCAUCGUGUUGCUUAGUGUAUACUCUCAGAUAUUGACGUUGUAUGAUGGACUUGCAUCGUACUUGUUAUUGAA